AUGAAGGAAAUUCAAAUCGCCAGGAAAAACUUUGCGCGCUCAUCUGAUCCCGCGACGAAGAGAAUCAUCAAAGAUCCCGAGCUCAAGAAUCGAAAGUUUGCGGAGAAGAAACAGAGCGCAACCGUCUCCUCAGCUGAAAACACGAAGGAACCAUCGGAUUUCGCUCCGAUCUAUUUCGCGAUAUCCGAUUACGAAGCCGAGAGUUUUCUGCAAGGAUCGAGUGUAGACCUCUUACCAACGGCAGAGGUUUGCGACGAAUCUCCAGUUUCAACCGUUACUAAUGAGAAUUUACACAUCAUCGACGCGAUUGCUGCGGAGUUGCCUGCUUCUGUGCACUCCUUGCGCGCCGAGAUCACUGACCUGAAGAACAUGGUUUACUCUGUUAAGAGUUUUGAGGAAAGUAACUGCAUCGAUGGAUCUAUUACUCUCAGACUCCGCAUUGUGACUUUCGCUUUGGUACUUUGGGCUCUCUUUGCUGCGGUUGUUGUUUCCGUUAGCUCAGGAGAGGAGGUUUCUUACUCUGGACCGUUUCCAACUUGA